CAACACAAGAGGGAUAAUCUCAGAAGCUGACCAAGCAGCAAAUAAACUGUGGGUGCUGCUCUGAAGUCAGUCACUCUGCUGUUGCUACUACCCCAGUGACACAGGCCACUGGUGAGCUGAGCACCUUAUCAUCAAGUCAGUGAACGAGUCAACCAGAACGCUGCUUCAGCAUUAAACAGGCUACUUGACAGACAACAAGAAGGUGAACAAGACAGCUAGACAGCGCUCAGCAGAGGAACACUGUGGAUAAUUCAAUAUGUGCACCUUUAACUUGGGAGAACAACUGGAAUUUUACCCUGAGGUAAUGGGGACUGGGGAAAAAAUUAUGUAAAGCAAGAAGACAAAAAAAAGAAAGAUGCAAUGUACCGAGUAAACAGGAAACCGUAUGGGGGAGGAGAACGGAAAAAACCUUAGAGACUAUGUGUGAGUUACGACUGUGCUCCUGUGUGUCAGGUGUGUGCGUAACUGCUGGUAACCAGGCAGGGACGAACCUUAUCUCGUGAGAUGUAGGGGGAAGCAACUUAAUCAGCAACGAAUACAACUAGAGAAAAAAUACCACAUAAAAACCACAGUCUCAGGAUCAGAGAGUGCAGCUUCUCUCGUCUCUACUUACUGGAAACAACAACGAAACAAUCCUGAUAACCAAGUUUAGAUCCAACAUAUAACAGAAACUAUUCCUGCUGAUGCUGUGUCCUUUGUUGCUGAUGAUGGUGCCAGUGGAAAUAACUUGUGUACUCUGCUGGGCUCUGGAUGGAUCGUAAUAACACAUUUGGAGUUGCUGUUUUGGUAACAAUGAUCAGAACAGGCGCUGAUGUCUUACGCUUUACUUCUUCGCCAUAAGGACUACAGACUGAACUGCCUCAAAGGAGUUCUAUCUGUGGUGGUGCUGUCUGGAUAAGGUGAAGCGGGGCUAUUAUGUGCCAGCUUGAAGUUACAAAGUGCAGCUUCCUGUUGUGUCUGGGGAUGAGCAUUAUUAUCUGUUCGGUCAUUUACUUGAGGGCAAGGAUACCAACAGAGCCAAAGCCCCUAGAGCCUUCAAGUUGCAGGCCCUUUCCCCCUUCAUGUAAAGCGUUCCUGCCUGGCAAUGACAAAAGAAUAGAAUGGUACCACCGUGACUGCAAGGCAGAAAGCUAUAUUCUUAAUAGUCGUCUGCAGUGUUCCAAUUUGACAAGAGACCUACACUUCAUCACAAGACCUUUGAGCCGUGAGGAGGAGGACUACCCAUUAGCAUUCAUUGUGACUGUUCACAAAGAGCUGGAGCUUUUUGUGCGCCUGUUCCGGGCUAUUUACAUGCCACAAAAUGUCUACUGUAUUCACGUGGAUGCUAAGGCUCCACGGGGGUACCGGGAAGCUGUACAGAGGCUAGUAAGCUGCUUUGAAAACACCUUCCUCUCUAGCCGCAGCGAAACAGUGACCUACGCUGGGUUUUCCCGCUUGCAAGCAGAUUUGAACUGCAUGAAGGAUCUAGCAAAGUCCAAGAUAGGUUGGAGAAAGGUGGUGAAUCUGUGCGGACAGGAUUUCCCUGUCAAGAGCAAUCUGGAAUUGGUGCAGUAUCUGAAGAGCAAAGAGUGGAGGGACAGAAACAUGACACCUGGGGUCAAGCAGCCGGUGUCUAUGAGGCACAGGACACAGCUCCAGCACAAGGAGAUCAUUGGGUCACAUGUAGCUCUGAAAGGGUUGGGACUGAAGAAAGGUCCUCCUCCAUACAAUCUGCAAGUGUAUUUUGGAACAGCCUACUAUGCUCUCACAAGGGCAUUUGUAGACUUUGUUCUGAAAAACCAAAUAGCUCAAAGCCUCUUGGAGUGGUCCAAAGAUACAUUCAGUCCAGACGAGCACUACUGGGUGACACUCAAUCACAUCAAAGAAGCUCCAGGCAGUCACAUAGAUGGAGGCUGGGCAGGAGCCAUCCGGGCAAUCAAGUGGAAGGAUCAAGAGGGAAGGACACACAAUGGCUGCAAAGGGCGUUAUGUACGAGACAUCUGUAUCUAUGGAAUAGGCGACCUGCCUUGGAUCAUUAACAGGAACAGCAUGUUUGCCAAUAAGUUUGAGAGAAACACCUUUCCCGAGGCACUGGACUGUCUGGAGCAGUGGCACAGAAACAAGGUGCUGAGCCAGGCAACUGUUCCCAUAGACCCAUCAUGGUUACUAGCUAUACAGAGCAACUCAAGCAGCAGCAGCAACAACAGCAGCAGCAGCAGCAGCAGCAGCAGGAGCUACUUUAACAGCAGUGCUGAAGCAUGAAAUCGCUGUUGAUAUCAUAAACAAAAGUCCGGCUGCAUGCAGUUCAGAUUAUUUGCACUUGUUCAGUGGCUGUGAAUGUCAAAGAUGUGAGAAGAAAAGAAACUGAACUGAGAACAAAGGGAUGAUGCACUGUACACAUGCACAUGUAGCAUGACUACUGUUCACAGAUUUAUGUAUAUGCCAGAGGGUGAAGUAUUGAAUAAACUACUGAAAAUAUGUUUAAUAUUGUUUAAUUAUAUUAAAUAUUUAAUACAGUUUGAUAUCAUAUUGUUCAGUGUGUUCUCCAACACACAUGUUGAUAAAACUAUGUCUGUGCAUCAUUUUUUAACGAAUUAAAUAGCUGCAGGUGUAAACAAACAAAUAAAGAUAAUUACAAGAAUAAGCUCUCUUCC